AAUAAUAAUAUAUAUAUAUAUAUAAAAAAAGGUCUUUAUCAUCAUCAUGUCAAGACUCCAUAUCUUUCAAAAGGUAGCCAACGUGUUGGUCUAUCUUUUCUUCCUUUCAUCCACUGUCUAUAGUUUGUUUGGUCCUCACGACUCUACUGUCAUCCAUGCCAGUGAAACUUAUAUUACGCCUUCUUCUUGGAUUGGAUACGUUUGGACACUUAUUCAUAUUCUCUUGGGUGGUUUUGUUAUCUACCAAUGGUUCGAUGCUGCCCAUGAAGCUGCUAUUCAUGGUGUUGGAUGGCAUUUCGUUAUUUCCGUCUUGCUCAAUUCUGCUUGGUUAUGGCUUUUGAGAUCUGGUCAUUUUAUCAUUGGUUUCAUCUUUGUUCUCCUCACGGCUGCCUCUGUCUCCUGUGUCUUCUACAAGCUGACAAAGGAUUAUCCUUCCUCCAACUGGUGGGAUAAACUCUUUGUACAUGCUCCUUUCUCUUUGUGGCACGGUUGGAUUGUCUUUUCUGCUGUCAUCAAUCUCUUCCAAGCCUUUACUCAUACCAAGGAAGGAGGUCCUGGUCUCUGGAGCCGCAUCUUGGUCCUUCUCGCUAUUCUCUUCCUCACACUCACUGCUAUCGGUUAUGUGGAAUACAAGAAACACAAGGGCGACAUCACGGGUGCUUUAGUGCUCGGUCUCGGUCUCUUGGCUGUGUUUACGAAUCAACAUGAUCCUUGGAUUCAUUGGUCUGCUUUGGUGGGUGCUAUCAUUACGCUUAUCUAUCCUUUGCGUCCUUAUGUCUUUAAGUUGGUUGGACGUCAAUCCAGUCAAGAAACUGCUCCUCUUCUUGGUUAAACAAAAAAAAAAAGUAAAAAAGGGGAGGAAAACAAGUUUUCUAAUAUUUAAUUUUUAUACUCUUUCUUAGCGAAAGUUUUUCUUUAUUGUUGUUCAUAAGUAGUAAAGCUGAGCGACUAAGUGGAGUAUAUACUAUUUACACUAUAAACCCACUACUUGAAUAAAAAAAAAAAAACAAUUUUUUUUUUUUUUCUAACCAUCA